UGCGCAGGCGCAGUGCUCCCCGGCAGUGGUAAGAUGGUGGUGUUCAGGAUGCAGUUUACUCUAUGCACGGUUUUGGUCCUGAACUUUUGCUACAGCCUCGUUUCGGCGCUGUACUUCCACAUCGGCGAGACGGAGAAGAAAUGCUUCAUAGAGGAAAUCCCGGAUGAAACUAUGAUAAUUGGGAACUAUCGAACACAGCUCUAUGACAAACAGAAAGAAGAGUAUUUGCCUGCCACACAGGGGCUUGGAAUGUUUGUGGAAGUUAAAGAUCCAGAUGAGAAGGUGAUCCUCUCCCGUCAGUAUGGGUCAGAAGGAAGAUUCACCUUCACCUCCCACACACCUGGAGAGCACCAGAUCUGCUUGCAUUCUAAUUCUUCCAAAUUUUCCCUGUUUGCCGGUGGGAUGCUUCGAGUUCACCUGGACAUCCAAGUGGGUGAGCACACAAACAACUAUGAAGUCAUUGCUGCCAAAGACAAGCUGACAGAGCUACAGCUUAGAGUGCGCCAGCUGGUGGAGCAAGUCGAUCAGAUCCAGAAGGAGCAAAACUAUCAGAGAUAUCGUGAGGAGCGCUUCAGACAGACCAGCGAGAGCACCAAUCAAAGGGUGCUGUGGUGGUCCAUUGUCCAGACACUGAUUCUGGUGGCAAUCGGCUUCUGGCAGAUGAGACAUCUCAAGAGCUUCUUUGAGGCCAAGAAGUUAGUGUAGAUUGUGUGUUAAAGUGUGUUGUCGUUUUUCAGUUUAUGCAGUACACAGGAGUUUGAGAAUGAUGAUCUCCAAAAAUUUGAAGUCUAGACUGCUGAGAUGAGUCUCCCACUUCCAGCCCCUAUCUAAUUUUUUUUCUCUCAAUUUUGCCUUGAGGUUCAUUUCACAAUACAUAGUUCUUUGCCACAUCCGUCCGUGCUGUGUGCAACAGUUUAAUCUUAACAGAACAGGUAUUAUUCACUAUGGUAUCAGUAAUAUAUUAAUGAGAUUUGAGUUUCUGCGCCCCUUUCUAGAGAAUAAUCUAAAGUUGCUCAUAUUACGGUCAAAACCGCUUUCAGCAAUUUUUAUCAUACCACAGUGAAAACAGACAAACAGAUAUACAAUUUAUUUUGCUUGUUUUCUGGAGAUUGAGUUUUUUGACCCAUUUAAUGUUUUUUUUGUAGAAUAACAAAUUUGCAUUUUUGGAUGAAAUAAUUUUAUGUUCAGUUGUUUGUAUGUAAAAUGUUCCUACGCUGCACACAUUCAUUCUAGACACAAUAUAUCAAGUCACUGAUUAAGUUUGUUUGUGUAAAACAUUGUGUUAUUUUAGUAAUUAGUGAAAUAUUUAAAGUUCGGUUUCUUCAGAGAGAAUGUAUGUCCACAUGUUUAUUUAAAGUUCAUUUGGUUUCAUUUGUUGAAUUAGCAUGAACCAGCCUAAAAGCCCAGCCACAUCUGCAUCACUGUGUCGUUUACAGCUCUGGUGCCCUUUAGACAGGACUAUAGAGCGUUAAUACAUAUUUAAAAUGACUUUUUAAGUUUCAGUGCAAUGUGUACCCAAUAUGUCUGUGACAUUUUUGAUUGAUAUGGACUAGGCGUUACAUUUUGAAUCAGAUUUCAAUAUCACAUUUAAAUGCAUUGGAUGUUUCCUAUUAACAGCUUGUUUUCUGGGUGAAAUCUUGGUACAUUUUAGAGAAUGGGGCAGGUUUUAAAUAAUCCACACUCCACAGAAGCUUUAAAUAAUGCCUGAAACCUCAAGGUCAUGCCCACCCAUGUGCACAGAUACUCAGGUAAUUCUUGAGCCUUUUGGGUCAUGAAAAGCUGGCCUGUUAACACUGAAAAUACAUCCCCUUGUCCACAAAGGCCUAAAUGUUGCUACUUGGGCUGAGUUCUUUGGUGGUGGCCAAUUUUAAUACUUGAAAGAAUAUAGUGGGUCUUGGUCUCAAAAUAGUAUUUUUUUCCCCUUUCAUAUCUACUCCCCCUGCAUUUUUAAGCUUUAGAAUGAGUGGAUUUAUUUUUUAGGGGUCCCUGGAUGACAUUUGGGUACACAGAUAUUUCUGGCUGAGGGUUAAAGCUUUUUAAAUAAAGCCACGGGGGAGGGAAGACUGUCAUGAUGCAUUCAUGGUUGCACUCACAAAUAAAGAACUUGCCUCCCUCCAA